CUAUCAGCGUCCAUCUGCGCAAAAGAAUGUUUACAUGGAGGGUAUGAAACAACAAGACUUGCCAUGCGUUUGUGAAACUUAAAAUACCAAAAAGAGGCUGAGGGUUUGAAAAUGAAAAUACAAAGCAAAAAAAACACAUGGUGUCUAUAGUGUACAUCUUUUAAUCACUCGACCGUGAUGUAGUGUUCUUUGAGCUGUGUGAGAGUAUUGAGGGAAGCCUGUCUCUUUAAGAGCCAGUCCUUAGGCAGGUUGGCUUGUUGAGUGGGGAGGUGGAACCUUGUCUGCUUCUAAACAAGCAUUUCUAUCAACAAAACGUGUCUCACUUGCGGCUGAUCUCGUAGGGUGUGCAUAUAUAUACGAGACUGAAUAGUGAAGUUGUGCUUUAUUUUAUUUUUUUCAUGACUUCCUCAAGGUGUAUGUAUGAUAUGUGAGUCCUGUUUCAUCAGCACCUGAGGUUUGCAACACUCUGCUGGAGGGGCCACCAACAGCUCAGGUGUGGAACAUCUAUUUGCGAAUUGCCCUGCACCAUGAAACUCACUGUAGUUCUUCUGCUCUCUGUCUGCUGUGUGCUAUUUAAACACAACUGUGAAGCUCAAGUUUCAUUUUCCUCGGUAGAAACAUCUCCAACGCCCUCAGCCAGUAACUGCACAUGUGAACUUGGCCACGGAAAAUGUGCUGAAAACGGUGACUGCAGGUGUGAUCCAGGGUGGGGUGGGCCGCGAUGUGAAGACUGUGUGCGGAUGCCCGGAUGUGUCCAUGGCACCUGCCAUCAGCCCUGGCAGUGCACCUGCAUGGACGGGUGGGCGGGGCGAUUCUGCGACAAAGAUAUUUAUGUGUGCUCUAGAGAGGAGCCGUGUCAGAACGGGGCUACUUGCGUCUUGAAUGAUUCGGGGGAUUAUAGCUGCUUAUGUCCUGAAGGCUUUCAUGGGCGGGACUGUGAACUAAAAACCGGGCCUUGCCAAAAGACCAAGUCUCCCUGCAAGAAUGGCGGUCUAUGUGAGGAUCUGGGUGGUUACGCUCCAGAAUUGUCUUGUCGAUGCCUGGCUGGCUUCACGGGGCCCCGCUGCGAGACCAACAUGGAUGACUGCCUGAUGCGCCCCUGUGCCAAUGGCGCCACCUGUUUGGAUGGCGUGAACCGUUUUUCCUGCCUGUGCCCUGUGGGUUUCACCGGCCGUUUCUGCACCAUCAACCUGGAUGACUGCGCCAGCCAGCCCUGCCUCAACGGAGGACGCUGCAUAGAUCGAGUCUCGACGUUCCAGUGCGUCUGCCCUCCAGGUUACACCGGAAGAACUUGUGAGAUUCCCGCCUGGGAGUCGGGAUCUCAAGCAGUGUCUCCGUUCAGGGGCGAAGGAGACAGAGUUACUCAGAGCAAGUCUGCUCCGGGCAAUCACUCCCAUUGGACCACUCCUAAUGGGGAUGAGAGACGUUCAUUCAAAAUUUCAGUGGUGACUCAGCAUGGGGCGGAAGGGCUGUCAGAGUUGCAGCUCAUCAUCCUGCUGGUGUUGGGGGGCAUGACUUUGGCCGUGGUGGCAGUAACAGCUGGUCUGGUGCUGCGUGGACAUUGCCAGGACCGAUCGGCUCGCUGCCAGUGUAGACCAGCCCCCACUCACCAUCGCCCAUUCCACCGAUGUCGGACGCAGCGGCAGCACUCUGUGCCUGCGCAACAGGAAUGCAAGAUCAGUUUCCUCCAGUCUCCGGCUCCAGCCGAGCUUGAGAAGAAGAGGCUGAACACUGACAUCAUUUAGCCAUAGAGAUCGUGCAGCUGCUCUUGUUGAAGUAAACGGCCACUUCUGACCACUCAAAGGUACUGAAUGCAGGUGGUCAUUAUCCAGAGUGAUUACACGGAAAUAAAGAACCAAUUAGUAGUUUUAUUUUAAUAAUCAAUGCCACAAGUGGGGCAUGUACUGCUGAGGGAACAUUAGGUCAGUUAGAGUCAACAUGAAAUCAAUUAUGCUCAAACAUGUCUUGGAACAUUAUUCCGAAGAUAAGAAAUGUUUGUUUAUGUAAUAUUUUGUCAAAAAUUUAACAACAUGUUCUGCCUCUGAAAAACGUUUUGGCUGAUCUCACCAAGCACUAUUUUUGAUGGAACCAAGAGGUGACUUAGUGCCUUUCUUAGUCCAUUUCUUCCCCCAAAAUGAUCUUUUCUCUGAAUUUUUUUUUUUUUUUUUUUUUACACAGAAAAAAAUUGGUAACAUUUUACAUUAAGGUCAGUUAACAUGAAAACUCUUUUAUUUAAUUAAAACAAGCAUUUAUUAUUUAAAAGCAUUUAUUAAUCUUAACAUACAUUCCAACAUUUACUAAUACAUUAUUAAAAUAAAAAGUUGUAUGUGUUGAUAUUAUUUGGGGUAAUACUUUAUUUUAAGGUGACGUAGUUACACAUUACUACAUGUACUUACUAUAGUAAUAACAGUAAAUUAUGCAUAGUUACAAGUAACUAACACUAAACCAAGCCCUAACCCUAACUGUAACUUUACAGUAAGUACAUGUAGUUCAUUACUCAGUACUUAUUUGAGUAAGUACAAUGUGACUACAAUGUCUCCUUAAAAUAAAGUAAUCUUAUUUGGUAACUUACAAUA